AAUCCUUCCAGUUUGACUAUCGCCACUCAUCACUAACACGGCCACUCAAUAUCAAAGAUGUGGCCACCAAACUGAACGGUUGUUAGUUGUUACUGGCUUCUCCCGCCAUUGUCUGUACAGCAAGAUGGCCACACUAUUUGUUGUUCAGCCAAAAUUUCCACUCGUCAUCUCUCUCUUUUCCUCUUCAAGUCAUUACCAGGGAUGGAGAGUGAGGCCUUUCACUGUGCAGAAACUCAACCCAUUUUUAUCAAAAUCUCUAACAGAGUCAAAGAAGAGGAGAACUUUAAUCUGUGCAGUCAAUCAAGAUCCAGAGGAAUCAUUUAAAAAGACUGUAGAAGUGGAUCGGCUAAUAGAUAUGCUGAGAGAUGCAAAUCCAAGAGAACUGCAGAAGCUUGUUGUUGAAAAUGUCCUCGCUUUCAAUGAGGGCUUUUGGAUACGACUUGCUGCUAGAACUGAUACCUGUAAAUCAGAGGAUGAUAAAAAAGAUUACGAGGAGUUGGCAAUAUCUGUGAUGAGCAUAGUGGACUGUCUGGUCCAUAAGACCAAUGAAAAGAUUGAGUCAGCCACUGAUAUUCUCAAGGAAAUUUUAAAACCUAUAGUUGAUGGAGAGGAAGAGAUUCACUGGCCUCCUACAGAUCCCGAGGCCCUCAAACUAAUGGAGAAAGAUAUAAUUCAGAGGGAGCAAGAAGGGCAGCUAGAUGAAGGGUUCCUUGCAGAAGUUAGUGCACAACUACGACAAGCAAAAGAAGAUGGGGACAAGCCAGGGCUCGAGGCCAUGUUGCAAAAGGUUCUGCAACUCUAUGCUUCCAGUAUUCUCUCCAAGCGGAGUUAUGCGAAGAAAGGAGAGGAAGUUUUGAAGGCUGAGCAGUUUCUGGAGACUAUAAUCAAAGCUCCCGAAGAAGAAUGGAACAAGCUUUUGCUCAAUGGAAUUACAGUUGGAAAAGGGGAAAUUUCUCCAGAGGAACUCUAUGCUGUCAUUAAGAAACGAAUCGAGAGGACAUUGAUCCGGACAGAAGGAGGUUCGUACCAGCAACGCAUUCUCACCGAGUAUGUUAAGGGUAUCCAGUCAAGAGCAGAAGAGAUUGUCCAAGUGCUUCAGGGAAAGCCAUAACAGCCCAAAUACACGUCUGAGUAUAGAUUCCGUAUUUGUAAACCAUUGAUAGUGCACAGACUUGGAAAGAAUCUGUUCCUUCAAUCUGAAACAGGGAAAAGGCUACCACAUAGCAAUUGAAAAAGGAGAUGCGUAGUAUCUGCAGUUCUUAUUGUGCGCAAAAAAGAGCCAAUGCGCAAUGAAUUCUAUCCUUUUUGUGGCAAUGGUUUUAGGUUCACAUUUUAUUUCAAUGGAGGCCAAUGUACUGCCAGCCCACCGUGUUAACACAGUCAAUCUCCUUUUGACAGCUAGAAGUCUGCUUCAGAUAAAUGUCAUGGAUUUGAUUGCAGAGGCAUUGCCUGAGCUUCUCUGGCCUAGUUUUGAUUAAUGACUUGUCAUUCGUUUAUGGUA